AUGUAGUAUUAACCAGCAUACUAAUCACCUUAAUAACAUUAUGUUAAUCCUGGAUAGAUUGAAGUAAUAAUUUGUUCAAUAUAGACUUCGUUUAACUCAGGAUUAGAAGCAAUAUCAAGAUGUCCAAGUGUUUACAUUAAAUAACGUCCUGAUUAUUUAGAAUCUUUAGGAUUCUGUGAGAAAAAAAAUGUUUAUUAUGUUUAUUAAUCUGAUACAAUGGGAAAUAAGCCAGAUUUUAAGCAUUAAGCUCCGAUUUUUAAAUGUAAAGAAGAAAGUAGCUGUUGGUAAAGAAAUUUUCUUCCUGGAGCUUGUCGAGCAUUCGAUCUGAAAGUCAAAUAAUAUGAUUAAAAACAAGACACAAACACAGUAUUUAGAUUAAGCAGAGAGUUCAAAUGUACAUUUCUUUGUCUAGCUAGGUAAUCUAAUUAUCUAAUUUCAGACCUAUUAUGGAAGUUUAACUAUAAAAUGGAGGAAAAAUAGGUUAUAUAUACUAUCCAUUUAUGUGCUGUGAUAAAGGAGUUGAAAUAAGAGAUGAAAAUAAUUCAUUGUUAUACUCUGUCAAAGGAAGCUGUUGUCAAUGGCCCUUUUUAGUCUAAUUACCUUGUGAAGCAUGUUAAAGAGCAAGAUUUGAUAUUAUCGAUUCUCAAGGAUAGGUAUGUUUGAUCAAACUAUUUGAAGAAAAUUUCAGAAUUGUGGAAAGAAUCAGCUGGAUUUUGCAAUGCACUAUGUAAUGUGGAUGCAACCAAUUUUAGAUUAAUGUUUCCUUAGUAAUCUACAAGCAGAUAAAAAGUAUUAUUAUUGGCAGCUGCCUUAUUCAUUGACUUUAAUUAUUUUGAAGAAUCACCCUAAGAUUAAAAUAACGAUUCCUUAUGA